UGCAGGGAGUGAGGUUGGGGGCUGAGCAGGGGGGCUCUCUGGCUGGGGGGUUGAAGGGUUAACCCUGGCAGAGCCAGCUACCGGUCACAUUCCUGGCCAGUAGCCACAGGAAGGGAAUGUGGUGGCACCGGCUCCUCACCCGGACCGCACCCAGCCCCACAAGAACUGGGCGGGCUGGGGCAGCGGGGCGGGCGCUGCUAGGGGAAAUGCUCCCUGCAGGGGGCAGAUUCCAGAACCCGGGAGCUGCCAAGGCCAGCAGCACCAGGUGGAGCAACCCGGCGACCUCAGUACACCUGCUGCGGUAACAUCCCAGCUGCACCCAGGCCUGGAUCAGAGACAUCAACAGGUGCCAAGCCGACCGUGUCUGCUGGCUGGCACCACCUUGGCCUGGGGGACCCCGCUUGCUGUACCUCUGCCCUCACCAGCCAGGGGAAUCAAACCUUGGCAUGGCAGCACCAGGGGAAGUAGGGCAGGGGGGGCCCCAGGGUACUGAGCAGGCAGAGGCAGGGCCCUGGGGCGCUGAGGAGGAUGAAGACAAGGCCUCCAUGGACUGUGUGAUCUGCUUCUCGCCCUACGACCGGUUGUUCAAGGUGCCCAAGGCGCUGGGCUGCGGGCAUACCUUCUGCCUCGAGUGCCUGGCACGUAUUAACGUCUCCUCGGAGCAGGUCAACGCUGUCAGCUGCCCCGUGUGCCGGAAGAUGACCUGCCUCCCCACCCGCAAGGGCCUGCCUGGCCUGCCCACCUGCCGGGACCUGCUGGACCAGCUGCCCCUGGCGCCCGCUGCACCCUGCAGCUCCGUGCGCUUCAGCCGGCGCCGGGGGCUGCUGUACGUGCCGGGCUGGGGGACCCGGAAGGGCUGGGGGCUGGCGCUACCCAAGCCGGGCCCAGCCCUCAGCACGGUCAGCCUGAGUGUGGACGUGGGGCGGCCGGCACCGCGGGGCGUGGGCCAGGGACUGCGGGGGGUGGGCUGCUCCAGCUGGCCCUUUGCUGUGGCUGUGGCUGUGGCUGUAACCGUCACUGUGGGGCUGGUGAUUUCCGCUGUCUACAUCUUCUUCCUGCUGCCAAAGACCCACGGGCUGGGGUCAGGUGUAGGGCUGGGCAACGCCACCUGGCAGGUGCCUUGGCCCAAUGGCACCAUUCCACCGCCACUGCUGCCCGGUCCCAGAGGGCUGCUGGCACAGAUCCCCAGGGACAGGGCUGCGGGGCUGGCUGAAGAGAUGGCGCCUCCGCUGCCUGGUAUCAGAAGGAAGAGAAGGAGGGGCCUGGGCCCCCCAACACUGAACCCACCCAGGAACUGACAUGGGGCCUAGCCCCCCAUCAGCCAGGAGGUGGGAGGCUGGGCCACAAGCAGAUACUGUCAGAGGGGCACCCCUUACUGCUUCUUUUAGCUGAUGCCCCCAGACUUCCUACCCCUCCCCCCCAGGUUUUGGGGCUGUGGCUGGGGGAGGGGGGGUGGCAGAAGCUUUGAGCCCCCAGGAGAUUGUGACCUAGAUCAGGUCCAUUGAGGGGGUCAAAGGCCCUGACUUGCUGCUAAAGGGAAUCAAUGAGGGACCCCUCCCCCAACACCAGCUCCCCUGUUUCUCCCCUUCAUUAAAUGAUUUUAUUUUUCA